AACUCCACACUUCAGUCGCCAUGUCUUAGAAAUUUAAACUCCCCUCUUAAACUUUUAGUUUUUUACUUUAGAAUAUAGAAAACCAGAAGUAUAGUUUUUUAGUUUUAUAAUAAGACAAAAAAACAAAACACAAAAUGAUUUAUAGAUCUUUUUAAAAACAAAAACCUUGAUGCUUAGUCAAGGAGUCAGGUCAGCUAGUGAAAGGACCAUGCCUACACAAUGGGCAACUGUAUGUUUCGAUGCGGCUACACUCUGUACGCUGACACCUGCAUAGGCAGAUGCAUCCACAACAAGUUCAUCCACUCCUUUCAGAAGCAAUUUGGGACAGAUGCCGUCCAUUCAAAAUUAACUCCCUUCAUCUUCAACGAUCUUCUCAUAAUGCCCAUCCCUGUCCUGGUCAACAACUACGCCUACAUGGUAGCCGACCUCAGCAACAACAACUAUGUACUUGUUGACGUUGGAGAUGCGACCAUGAUCAGCAAGAUCAAAGAGGCGCCCGACGCCAUACUGACAACUCAUAAACACUGGGACCACAGCGGCGGCAACCGACAAAUGAGGCGAGUCUUCCCAAAGUUAAAAAUCUACGGCGGGACACUGGACCACGUGCCGGACAGUACUGAUGGCGUGAAUGACAAAGACGUGCUGAUGUUCAACCGCCUUAAAUUUACAGCAAUGUGGACGCCUGGUCACACGCGUGGACACAUUGUGUGGCGACUGAGUGGCGAGGAGUUUGGUGUGGCUGACAGCAUCUUCUCAGGAGAUCAUCUAAUGCUGGCUGGCUGUGGUGCUGCUUUUGAAGGCUCAAUAAAACAAAUGAUUAACUCCCUUGAAUUGCUCAAUCUGCUACCACCUGAGACGUUGGUGUGGCCUGGUCAUGAGAUGGGGCUGGAGAACUUGGAGCUGGCGGCCUACAUCGAGCCUGACAACAUAGACACCAUCCUGAAACUGGUCUGGGCCACAAGCAGACGUGACCUUAUGCUCUGCACAUGUCCUUCAAGAAUGGGCGAAGAGAAGCGCUACAACCCCUUCCUCAGAACCAGGGACCCCCAGCUGUGGAAGGCCCUCGGUAUACACGAGAAGAUCAAGAACGCUGCACCGCCCUUGGAGCAGUCGGACAUUGGAGUCCUCUGCUUUGACUGGAUCGUGGAGCGCGGCUCCGAGCUCCGGAGGGCCAAGCGAGCACUGUCGGAGCGCGAACGGGAUACCUCUCCGGCCGGAAACAAAACUGCAGUGGCUAUUCAGACCCGGGUCCCGCACCAAGAGGACGGAGAGAACGCUUACUACAUGGUGGACCUGUCCACUGAUCACGACAUCUUCCCGGACUCGGCCACUGAUUCUGUCCCUGAGGUAGAUCACUUAAAAACUUAACAGGUUUUUGUUGAAAGGGCUAGGUUUUGGAAGCAACCAAAAAAAAAAAAAAUACUAGAAUAGAAUAGAAUAGUGUGGAAAAAAAAAAUCUUAAAGAAUAAGUCCUAGCUUCUUUUAGUUUUUUAAGUUUCAAAAACAUGUAAUGAACUCUCUUACUUGUAGGCAAUGUUAUAGGUUAAAAUAGGAAAUAAAGAAGCCAAUGUUUAA